AUGGGUGAUGGCACGUCAUCGAGUGCGCUCCCUGGCGGCGUGAGGGAGAGCUCGUUGAUGUGGCUGAUGCUAACGCGCACCAACUACUCCGAGUGGGCAAUGUUGAUGCAGGUGAAUUAUGAAGCGAUGGAGAUAUGGGAGACGAUUGAUCCAGGCACCAACGUGAAGCGAUCUCAAGUUCAACAGGCGAUGGGGGUGCUCUUACGUUCUGUCCUGAAGGAGAUGUGGGCGACGCCGGGGGGCCACAAGACCGUCAAGGAGGCGUGGGAGGUGGUGCAGACGAUGCGUCUUGGUGCCCAUCGCGUGAAGGACAUCAACGCCCAGAAGUUGUUGAAGGAAUUCGAGAAUAUCAGGUUCAAGGAGGGCGAGUCGAUCGACGACAUUGGCAUGCGAAUCACCAACCUCAUCGCCAACCUCUAG